AUGAGGUUAUUUGCUCAGGCUGUACUUGUACAAGGACACCUGUCAGAGGAAAGUCCUCCGCUCAAUUUUGGGAACUUGACAGAGCCUUGGAGCCAGGGUUCAGCUGGUUCGUGUCAAGUCAGGAGCUCGUCCUUGUAUGAUGGGCUGCCAUGUUGCACCUGGCUCUCAGUGGCCUGGGAAGAGAUUAGUGGUGUUGAUGAACAUUAUACUCCAAUCAGAACUUACCAAGUGUGCAAUGUUAUGGAUCACAGCCAAAACAAUUGGCUGCGAACAAACUGGAUUCCACGCAAUUCAGCUCAGAAGAUAUAUGUGGAGCUCAAGUUUACCUUGAGGGACUGUAAUAGUAUCCCUCUAGUUCUGGGCACUUGCAAAGAGACCUUCAAUCUGUAUUAUAUGGAGUCUGAUGAUGACCAUUUGGUAAAGUUCAGAGAGCAUCAGUUUACAAAGAUCGACACCAUUGCAGCUGAUGAGAGCUUCACCCAAAUGGAUCUUGGGGACCGAAUUCUCAAGCUGAAUACGGAAGUCCGCGAGGUGGGGCCUGUCAGUAGAAAAGGCUUUUACUUGGCUUUUCAAGAUGUAGGUGCGUGUGUUGCCUUAGUCUCAGUGCGAGUGUACUUCAAAAAGUGCCCUUUCACUGUCAAGAACCUCGCCAUGUUUCCAGAUACAGUACCCAUGGACUCCCAGUCACUGGUGGAGGUGCGGGGUUCUUGUGUCAAUCAUUCCAAGGAGGAAGAGCCACCUAAGAUGUAUUGCAGUACAGAAGGAGAAUGGCUAGUACCCAUAGGGAAGUGCUUGUGUAAUGCUGGCUAUGAAGAAAGAGGCUUUGCGUGCCAAG